UGUAGUGACUCUCGCUGGGUAAUCUGUUCGACUGUGCACGCUCCUUGUGCCGGUGCUGGUGGACCUUUACGCACUCGACCGACGGGAGGAGGAGAGAGAGACGACUCACCGCUGCCAUGUGUUCUUGGAUUGUGGCAACGUGGCUGCUGGCUGCGUCGGCGACGCUCUGCGCCGCGCAGCAGCAGUACCUCCAGGGUCCACCACCCCUCAACGGCGGCUACAAGGGAUUCCAGCCGUACGGCUCGGGACUCGGCGGAGGCGGCGCACCAGCACAGGGUGGAGCCGGAUCCGGCGCCAUUCCCCGGGGCUACCAGCUGCCCCAGGGCUACGUGCCGCAGCAGGUGAUCCCGCCCACGCAACCGCGGCAGCCUUUCGUCUCGCAGGGAUUCCAGCCGCAGGGGCCGCCACCUUCCGCGUCGGCUGGUGUUAGCUACGUUCCGAGAGCAGCACCUCAGCCGCAGUAUCAGCCGCAGUACCGGCCGCCAGCGCAGCCGCCGCAAUACCGGCCACCACAACAGCUGCAGCAAUACCAGCCGCCACCACAGCAGCAGCAAUACCGGCCGCCACCACAACAGCAGCAGUACCAGCCGCCCCCACAGCAGCAGCCACAGCCGCCACCACAGGCGCAGGCUCUGCAGCAGUCCCAGCCUCAAUCCACAUCACAGUCGUCCGGCAGCUCCGCUAAAGCCGAGGAAGCGAAGCUGGCUGUGUUCAAUGCCGCUCCCCUGCACUACGUCAGCAUCGGUGCCAAGCUUGAGGGCGACUACAAGUUCGGCUACGACACUGGAAAGGGUUCCGACAAGACCGGCAGCUUCCGCGAGGAGACCAGGCUUCCCGACGGUACGGUGAAGGGCUCCUACGGCUUCAUCGACGCUUCCGGUCGCCAGAGGAUCAUCAAGUACACAGCUGGCAAGGAGGGCUUCAAGGCAGAAGGCGACAUCUACCAGGAAGGGGCGCCAAAGGACACCAUCCCGCAGCACCUCCAACAACAGACCGUGGCGGCCUCUUCGUCUGCACCGGCUCCGUCGGCCCCGGCUCCUGCUCCAGCUCCCGCUCCUGCUCCGGCCCCAGCGCCAUCUAGUGCCAGUCCAGCUGCCAAGUACAAGCCUCCAAGCUACUCCGACGCCCCUCAGAGCCCACCUGCCCAGUACAGGCCUCCGGCCUACCCUCAGUUCCAGCCGACUGCUCCUCCUUUCCAGCCUUCACCCGGCCCUUCCCACGUGCCCGUGCUGCGUCUCACACCAAAUUUGCCCAUAGAGAACCUCGCCUUCCCAGACUUCUUCAAGCAGCACCUAACGGAGCAAAGGUCCGCAGCUGCUACGAGCCAGCCCGCGUCGACUGCAUCUCCAUUCCAAGGAGGAGCCCCCCAGUCCGCGCCACGGCAGCCCCCUACUUUCGGCUACGUACCAUAUGCGCCUCCCACUGUCCAGACAAGGGCAAGCCCCUACGCGCCUCAGUUUAACGCUAAAUAUCCAGCGCCCCAGCAGCCUUCCAGGCCCUUCGCGGGUCUUCAGCUUCCGGCGGCCACCUCUCAGCGACCCAGCUACCCAACGUUCGCCCAACAGCAGGGCUACCCUCUGCCUCUUAUUAGACCCGGCACUUACCCACCUACUGGUGCAGCCAGGCCUGGCGGCACGCCGUUCGCCACCGCUCCGACUUCGGCGGCUCCAGCGAAGCAGUACGUUCCUGCCCAGUACCUACAACAGCAACAGGCACAACCCAAGGUCAGCAUAGCCAACAUUUUCGCCCAGGAAGCCCAGAAAGCCGCCAACAAGCCAAACUUCGCUGACUUCCUCAAGCAAUUCAUUCCACGGCAGCCACCGCAGCAACAGUUUGCUCCACCUGGGGGUGCUCCUGGCACUGGAACCACGAGACCGGGCUUCUCUCAAUACGGACCUCCCGCCACCACAGCUCCAGCCUUCCAGAGGCCACCCGUCUACCUACCACAGCAGGCAGCACAGCUGAAGGCUCCGACCAGCUAUGGUCCUCCGCAAGGCACCGGUGGUCAAGUACCGCUCUACAACUCCUUUAGGCCUCCCGCGCAGCAGGCUCCUGCUUUCAUUCCGAGAACUGGGCAGGCGGCACCUCAGCUACCCACCUACCCACUGCAGGGAGCCGGAGGUUACCCCCAGCAGGCACCGACGGGGUACGCAGGGGCUCCUCAGGGAGCACAGACGGGAUUGGGCGGCACCGCUGCGCAGUCGCUGAAGAAGGACGACGACGACGAGAACGACGACGGUACGUACAAACCGGAACUGUACGACCACGGUCUCUACGAUCCCAAGAAGUACGAAGAACCGUACCUGAAGAAGAAGACUUCUUCCUCGUCAGCCUCUCCAGCCACCGGUGCCGCGGUCCAGCCACAGCAGUUCUACCAGCCCAGCGGCCAGGGGGCACCGGCGCAAGGGCAAGUUGAGGAAAAGGCGCUGCCUUUGUUUGACACAACACUCCUGUCGUACAACAUCGGCUCAGGCUAAGUGGUCGCCGACUGCUCCUAUGACGGGCGUCCCGAAGGGCUCCCGCACCCAUACCGUGCUAUAGCUCUCAUCAUCCUCGGCAUUCAACUCCAUCGCCGUUUGCACUACAGGGACUCCGUCCUGUGCUCACGUUUAUGUCGAGUUCUUCGGCGUGCGUGAAGCGAAGCGCGAUUCUUGCGCGUGUCAAAGACAGCACCUGCCGUUUCAUAUGGCUCGCCAACGUCGUCGCGGCCCCUGGCCAGUCACAGCUCGUACAUCACACAGCAGGGGCGUUCAUGUCACCUUCAGGCUCGAAACGUUUCUAUCGACUGCAACGCUUCCCAGUUUUGUUUGCCAAAGUUGGGCUUCUGUGCAGAUGCAUACCACCAGAGAGCAGACGGCAUUGACGUCAGAAUCGCUUAAACCCAUGAUACUAUCGAAGAAUGUUGACCUUGGAAGUGUAAUGAAAGUGAACAAAGCUAAUUAGCCAAUAAGUGAGUUAAUUUCUUUGUUAUUGUGCCACAGAAUGGCGCAAUACUAACUAUACGAGGUUUCCGCGCAUCUCAAUGUGGGCUCUGCGCUUUCUGACACCAAAAAUGCACCUUUAUUACUCUUUGAACGGAUUCCUGGCAUAUGGGCAUUCUUUGAAAAAAAGAAAGAAAAACGGAAGCAUUGCCUUUUUUCAAGCAGAGUUUGGCAUUCACAAGCUUUAAACAAGUCAUAAACCAUCCAGGCAUUAAAGUAUUUGGUUGAAAAAGACUGAAAAUUGUUGGGUCUACGAUUCCAAAGCUAGCGCUUCUGACGUCAUGAAGGAGGCAGUUGACACGUUUUUCUAGGCAUUACAGGAAUGCACUUCCCUUCUUUACCUCAAUGUUUCGCGUGUUAUAGCUAUCGGAGAGCUCCCUGGAUAGUACUGAAGAGAGUAGGUUUACAAAGAAAUAUAUUUAUUUAAAUCUAUGACAUGCAGAAGAUAACUGACCGACUUGAAAGUUUCGAGACCUAAUUCGCAUGAUUGAUUCGAAGCGAAGCUCGCGUUUUCUACUUGGAAAGAUACUAAUCGCGUACCGUAGUCAUCGGUUUGUUUUUACAGCUCUCGAAGAAAAUUAUCGACAAGUAGCAGUUUCAUCUUCAGGCGAAUAGAUAGCUGCACCACACAGUCUUGUAUAUAGCAUUGUUACUGCGCGUCAAUAUAAUUAUACAUAUUUUUUGUUGAUCAUAUUACGUGUAUUCAUACUGCCGCGCGCACUAACCCUUUUCUUACCAUGACAAGCUCAUCAUGUUGCAUGUCCUUGACAGUCUCUAUAUCAGAGUCUGUGCGCUCAGCUAAACUGCCAAACAGUCCGAGUUUUCGAGCUUACUUGAGCGCAGAGGCCUUCUGACGCUAACAUAUCUUUUUCUCUAGUUCUUAUAGCUGAGAAUAAGUACUUUACCAUCUGAAUACUUCCUUGUCCUAACUCUUAUCCCAAACCUUCCUUUAACAUCCCCACUUUGUCCCUACCUUUCUACUUACCAUUGGCAUGAAAGCUGGUGUUCGGCGAGCUAAGCAAGUGACUGCGUUACUUUUUGCGUCAAAACACCUCAAAUAAAUCACACGCCAAAUGACACGCCGUUCCAAAAAAUUGUAAGACGAUAAGACAUUUUUCGCGAUGACCAUGGAAUGUUCUCAAACAGUGCACAAUGAAGUAUUCACAUAUUUUCUUCUGUGUUUUAUGCACAAUCUUUACGUGGAAUAAAGUCAGAGAGUGAAAGAGGACAAGCUUGGGUCUGUCUUACAUGUGGUCUUAUUUUCUUUUCAGUUACCGACAAUUUUAGGAGAGCAGAACACACAGGACCAGGACACCCUCCAUUUUCACUGACACAACAGCAUCGAGAAAGCGAGAGCAGAGUAGUCCUGGACACAAACGGCUUCCCAAUAAGCGCACAAGAUCGAAAUCUCAAGAUACGGAGGCGCAAAGGUGACAAAGAAACACAUUCCACAGAAAACGCUUCUCUCAGAUCGCCCAGCGGAACCACAGUCACCAUGGAUCAACGUCGUAACCCGGACUCCACGUCAUGUCGCCGACAUUACGCGCCCCAUGUACAUGUCGAUGUCGAAGGCCGUCUGAUGUAACGUUUUGGCUGAAUCCAAAUAACGUCGAUUAGUUGAACCGCAACCAUUAGCCUUUAUGUCAGGGCUUUGCCUUGCUGUGAAUAUUGUGACUAAGUGGCUCGUUCAUAAGGGAAAGCAAUUCGAGAUGAUGUAAUUAUUUUAACCGCAACGACGACCACAAUGAACGCUAACUAGCGCCCAGAACCUUUUUGCUUCCAGAAACUGUAUACUGAUACUGUGGUUCUUGUGGAAUGAAGUGAAGCUGAUAUGAGUGUACUGUUGAAGCAAUGGAAGUUUUAUCUAUUGCAGUAGCGGCUCCGACAUGCGGUAAUCAUGGAGGCAAAGCAGCCCAUCAGAUGACCUUUGAUAUCUACACGAGCGUUAAUUGCUUAAUUUACUUCUCACGAUGGUUCACAUGCGCCCCGUGGCCAACAAAAAGCUGCGAUACGCCAUCCUCGAAAACUUCCAGAAACAAUACAUGUGCGCAGAACGAUGUAGAUAGGAUGUUUACUUCUCAGAAUUCUAGACAUGUUGUGCAUGAAUCGCCUCCCAAUUUAUUGUUAGACGUAGCAAAACAUUAUGCGUUGGUAAGAGCAAGUAAUGAUUUCAUGAGUGUGCCUGUGAUGACUAUAGCUUUGCUUUCAGCCACUCUGCCUCUCAUAAUGCUGGUUAUUGAAAUGUCUCUGUAAGAAUUAAGGCUAUAAAUAGCUGCAAAUCACGCGCCUUACGUCACUGUUACGCUGCUAACGACUGGGCUUCUAACCUGCUGCAAUAUGGCGGCACAUGUCAGAACCGGCGGCCCUGCACGUGCUCUCUACGACCACGGCCUUUGCAGUCAUGCGCAACCUUAUCGUAUCCUGAAUUCUUAUCCAUCGCAGAAGCGCAGAGAAAGAAAGAGUGCAAUAAUUUGAUUAUUUUUCACGCUUCUCGGCUUGAAUCUUCUAUCAAGAAGGCGCUAGGCAGCCAGCGGCGGUGUAUAUGGUAAUAUUGUGGCGACCUCGCAAAGGGGUUUUAAUGAACGAAUGUGGAAUUCGCUAGUAAAGGGCACAGCUACAUUAAACAUGGAGCGAGUUCCUGUUGCGAUGCUGUUAAGAACAAGAGCGUUGCAAAAAGUAACAAAGAAGAAGACGAAAACAUGACGCAAAUUAUUCAAGAACGCUGAGAUUAAGUGCUACGUGCUACCUUCGUCACGAAGCGAGCAGGUAUCAUGUCAUUCUCGGUUCCUUCAGGCUACGAAGGUGCCUUUGUUUUUUAAAUUGCGCCUGUAAUUUAUGCCGGCAUGGCACGUCUGCCCUCCAGGCUAUAUACGAGGCGAAUACAAUCAACCAUUAAUCGCCGGGGACGCAUGACUUUGCAUUUCAUGCGCCGCGCUCGCCUGCCCAGCUUGUUUAGGAAGCGUAAGUAAGUUGCGUCCACCACACUCCUCUGUGUGGCCGCUGUAUGUAGAGAGUUAUGUACGAGGCAUGCGGGGGAGACGCCCUGUAACGCUUUCUCGGUUCGGCGGCCGCCUACCCCCCGGGCGUCUUAAUUGCCAGCCACCGUCAUCGCGCUUCGUAAUAGAUGCCCAAUUUUACGCGGCCUUAAAUCAAAGAAGAAGAAAAAAAAAAACAGGGUCAGCAAUAUCAACGCCGGAUGUUAGAGCGCGAGCCCAUUGAAAUGCAGAGGUGUUACUAUACGUGCCACGGUGCCUCUCGCAACGAGCGACUUUUCCGAUUGUACGAACGGCGGCGCUCCGAUCGUUUCGGCUGAACGUGGGAACACCCUUGAGCCAGGUAUAAUACGCCGGCCGGCGCGACCGCUCUAGAAACGAACGCAAGAAACUAAAGCGAGCUCGGGACCGGGAAAAUAAAUGAAUAAAAAAGAAAAGAAAGAAAAGCCGUUAGGCAUUCACGAGCAUGGCGUGUCGGCCACGCCUUUGUCCAGGCCUGGCCCCGCUACAAUGGAAGGCACCGGUUCCGGAGUCCUUGAAGGGCCGCAUAACUGCGGCGCUUCGAGCGCCAUUCGGUCGGUGUCGGGCGCUUGCGGACACCCUCUGUGAGGCCGUGAAUGAAGAAAAAAGCACCCUAAACAAAAAGUGGAAAAUAGCGGCUGGUCGGCGGACUAUAAUUUUUCGGCAUGCUUUCCUUCGCUCUGUCUUUAUUUUUGCCUUUAUUUUCCGUUCGGCGGUUACCUUGUCAUAGCAGAGAAGUGACCUGCUACGAAGGGAGCAGCCGUAGCGCAAAUACAGAAAAAGAAAUUGCCUACAGCGAGACAUGUUCGGAUCUUCCAGUCACCCCUGCUGUGUGAAGGGGGUAUGAAGUCGUCCUCGCAGGCUCAACGGUUCCUGCUUCAGCACCGAACAAUUUUUCUGCUGUUCCGUGUGCCUCUGCGUGUAUGUAGAAUAUGAGUCUAUCAACAACGCUGUUAUUUAACAUUCGUUUGGUUUUACUUGCUUGUUAAGCGUCGAGAAUUAUAGUAUUAUUUAUGUUGUGUCUGUUCUGCUUGUUGAUAACAGUUUCUUUCGAGAAAUGAAUUUUUUUUCUGCAGCUUACACGACGCUUAUGACCGCUUUAACGAGUCGUGUAGCUAGCCCAGUUAGGUUAAGAGCGUAAAACAAACUACCGGUGUAGCUUAAUACCCUUUGACGUCCAGAUCCUUCUCCCGGCCCACUGUUUCGCGUCAACGCGCAAUUAAUACAAUGCCACGGGAUUAUUCGUCCGAAGCUAAGAUACAGGGCUGUGAGCGCAAAUGUCUGUUUCUGAAGUACCUUGCAUGACAACCAUAGAAAGAAGUGCCUGCUGAUUUUAUCAGAAGAAUAUCAACGUCAGCUCGGUUCACUGAACGCGUAAAGCGAACCUAAAAUUGAUUUCAGCAACCUUUUCUUUUUGUCAGCUCUUGCGCAUCAACGUACUAGAGAUGGCCAUGCCUCAGUUGCCCACGUACGUUGCAUAAUUUGACUCAACGCUUCGAACGACCCUUUGCUAGUAAAACAUUGGUCAGAACUACUUUUUACAACUCGUGUUUAGUUUAGCAAUGUUCACAUGGAAUUGUCUCUUGCUUCAGGCUUGCUUCGCGCGGAAUGCAUUUGAAUUGAGGAAAGUCGGCAUGAAUUUAAUCCAGCUUACUUUUUUCUUUUCUUCAGACUGCAAUUAAUUUUGCGGUACUGCUUGCCAGUGCUAAAUAAGUGAAAACGUAUCUGUUUUGUCACCAUCUACAGCUUUGUCGGCAAACCGAAUCAAAGCACAGCCAUAAGCAAUUUCUUGAGUUGUUUAAUUUCUAUCAUUGUGAUGUGUAGUUGUCUUCCUUUCUUUCAGCCUCGACGCUGAGCAUGUGCGUUAUUCAUAUUCACUCAUUGUGGGGGGCGGAGUGUAUUUAUUUCAUGUAAAUAAAGUCUUUCCUUUCCACA